UCCUCUCCUUCCCAGUUGUUGUUUCUCUGUCCCCUGGUUAGUGACCCGUUAAAGCCAGGACAGAUACCCGGAACGUCUUCUUCCUGGCCCUACCUCACUGGGGUGGUAGGCAGGUCACGCUGACCCAGAUUUCAGCACAGCAUACCUGCUGGUGCCUCUCAGGAAAUCUCCUCCACUGCCUGCGUUAAUCAUAAAUCCACCCCAAUCUCCUUGGUAACCCAAGCGGGGCUUGCCUUGUAUUUCUCACUCUGUGGGACAUCCUUCGGGGUGAAGGUCGCUUGCUUGGUGGCUCCCUGCUUGAGGGGGGGGGAGCCAUCUCCCCGCCUCGAGGAGUGAUGAACCUGCCACUCACAUGGUGAGUUCCUGGGAUCUGACAAGGGAGGAGAGACAGACACACAAAGGGAAAGGGAGCGGAUGCUUCUCCUUAUCCACUGACGGUGGCAGAGCUCUGCUGGGCAAGGGUGGAACAAGAGGGAAAUCACAGCUUUUCUUUGGGUUCUGAACACCAUGCAUGGAAACUGCCAGCAUAUCAAUCACCUAUGGAGACAAUACCUCCUCCUGCUGCUUGUUGUCUGGGGGUGCUCUGGGACAGCUGCCUGGCACCAUCUUGCUUGCCUCCCCAUGUCUGCUUCUACCCCACAUCCCGUCCUUGGCUUCUGGGAAUCGCUGCGAAAAGGCAACGGAUGCACCAGCCGGGGCCGCUCUGCCCUGGGGCAAGAAGUCCAUGUCAUCAGCCUGCAGAAGGGAUUGUCGGCAAAUGGCCAGGUAACUCUGAUAACUCUGGACUCAGAUCCCCUCGACAGAGCCCCCAUCUUUGUGCUGUAUUCCCAGGAGCCUGUGCGUUGGGUGUUGCUGUCUCCCCCUGGAAAAAACUGGACCUUCCAGGUCUCCCCCGGCUCUAAUGUUUCAGCCACAGGGCCAGUGGCUUCUGUUGAGAUCAACUUGCCAAAGACGCCCAAAGGCCUGCUGAAGUGGGCACGGAGGGAGCAUGGAGGGGUCACCUCUCUGUCUGAAUACCGUGGAGUCAACAGAAUCUACACACGCCUGGGGGCUGGCAUGGAUAGGAUUGCCCCAGCCGCUUGCAGAUUGCGUCGGAAUUUCCUGACCCUGCUACACUUUGCCUCCAAGUGCCAACUGCAGCCUCUGAGAGUUUGCCUGCAUCCUGACCCUCUGCAAGACCUUGAAGUUCACAUCAUCCUCUCCAAAGGAGUUGCACCAAGCCUGCUCUCUUCUAGGUCCAUCCUGGCUCAUUUGACUGUGGAACUUCAUGCUGCCCGAAGACCCCCCCACUGGGGACUGAUCUUGAUACUGAAGAGUGAGGGAGCUGCUGAGUGGAUGGUUCGCACCCACCGCCUCAAUGGCCGGCUGCAUGUCCUGGCUUCGCACAAAGUCACAGUCAGCAGCACAGAAAUGGAUCUGCCUCUGACUGUGACCCAGCGGACAUCCCCUCGGCUGAUGACCCUUGAUCCUUUGCAGUUUGCAACAGAGCAGAAUCUGCCUGCCUUUACAUCCUAUGUUGAGGCUGAGCGGGUGAACAGGUUUCUCCUUUUUGUUGGGAUGAAUGGGGCCACACCUUCUCCUCUAGAAGAGCCGACACUCUUUUGGCCCAUAUUUCUGCAUCCUCCCAGUUUCACAGCCUCUCAACAGCACUUUGCAGAGGCCAACACAGCUGGCUGGGAGGUGACGAGGCAAGACUUUGGGGGAGAGGACGGUUCCGUUACCUACCCACUGUCUACAGCCAAAACAGAGGGGACAGAAUCUAUCUUGUGUCUUGGGGACCAGAAGCCUAUUCUUGAAAACCAGGACACUCAGAGAGUCUCCUGUGUUUCGCCUUCUCCAACCCAGAUAUCUCCCUCAGAAGCCGCAACGGCCUUCCAGGAUCCCCACCUUCACCUUGGCAAUGCCCUCCUUAACCUAGAGCUCUACAACACAGAGGCUUUUGCCAAGCAACUUGGACCUUUUGUCGUCUCAGCCAACAGCCUCGUCUUUGUGGAGGCUACCUUGGCAACCUAUGACUCGUCUCUCGGCUUCACCAUCCAGCAGUGCUUCAUCUCUAGCUCCUCAGAUGCUUCAGAGGCCUCGGUGUAUCUGCUGGUCCAGCAUGGCUGUCCUGUGGCUGCCGCCCAAGUCAGGCUGUGGAAACCUGAGCUGCUAGGCCAGGCCCAGACGUUGCCUCGGGGGUACCAGGAACGCCAGCGACUGAGCUUUGUGUUGAAACCAUGGUCCAAUGCCUCCAUCCACUUCUUGCACUGCCGCCUGACACUCUGCAGCAGGGGGUCUCAGGACCCCGCCAGACCCGAGGGCCCAAUCCCCAAGUGUCAGUCUGAGAACGAGGCCUGCAGGGGAGAAGAGGAGGCAGUCCAAAGCCGCUUCCAGCGCACCAUCACAAAGCCUAUGCUAGUGACUGUGGAGAUUCCCCCCCGAGCUGCCGCUCCUGCCCUGAAACCAGCCAGUGUCCCAGACAAACAACAAGGAAAAGCACCAAAGGAUGCAGCGCACAAGUGGAGGACUCAGAUAAUCCGAACUGCAACUGCGCCAGGCCUGACGGUCCCUGCAGUAAUUGGGAUAGCUAUUGCAGCCUUCCUCAUCGGCAUCUCCCUCACUGUUGGGCUUUGGUUCAUUCACACCUAUACAGGUGAGUCGGCUUCCGGGAGGAGGAGCCAGCCUGCAGCCGAGACAGACCCUCUCGGACCAUCUGCUCCAAAGCGUGAAGGCACUUUGUCAGCCCCAACUGCAGCUGGCCCUGCGCGUGGCACCUGGUGUCCUACUCUAAGAAGCCUCUACUGAAGAAGGUUCUAGGAUGUUUUUCCUGUGACCAAGCACCUGUUUCGGUGAAUCCGCUUGCAUUCCCCUGUACGCGCAACUCUUUCAGGCCACAUCGUCUUUAUGGCUUCAAUCCAGCAGCACAACCGAUUCUGAAUCAAUACCUUUCGACGUUGGAAAACCUCAGACUUUAAGCUUUAGCUUAAAUGAGCAAUCCUGUUUUCUGGCAGCAGUUGUAUGGGAUUUUCAUUGCUUUGGGUAGCUGCCUGGAGAGAGUUGUGCUGUUUCUUCAUUGAGUUUUGCCUUUUGUUUCUGCACUGCUGAGUGUGGACUAAAAGGCAAAUUCAGGCUCAGUGUUUCCACUACUGCCUAUCAGGUCUGCAGCUCCCUUCACCUUUGGGGAAGCUGUCAGCUACCAUUGUGGCCUUGCAAUCACUUAGGCCUGCUUCUGCACUUUGGGAGAAGAAAACCAUUGUUGCACUUGGCUGACAUUGCCAUUGGGGAUUUGGUUGUUGCUUCCUAUCUGACUAUAGUAAUACCUUGUACUCUCUUUGUAGGAAUGUUACGUUGGGAUAUAAAUGCUAGUUUUCAUGCCAUUGCCCAGCUUAACACAAGGAAGAUUGCUCCACAAAAAGAUUCAAAUUGUGAAACCUUUUGGGUCUAUUUUAUUUUUAAGCUAACCACGUUGCAAAUGAUAGUUUCUCCAGUUUUAUUAAACAGAUGUGCAAUAGAGUUGCUGAGGCUCUUUAAAGGCAAUGGGGGCACUUGAUUGCCUAUUGAAACACCACUUGUUCCCUGCUUUGUCUAUAGAAGCCUGAUUCAAUAGGAUAGACAACUGGAAAGUAUGUACUUGAGAAUUUGGCUGGAGACAGAGUAAACGGCCUCUAAAUCGUAUGUGUGAUCAUAAACGUGGAGAAAAGGUGAAUGUUGCUUUUGGUAUAUUUUCUUCAGCAAAUACAGAAGUAGCAUGCAAUCCAUUCCACCCAUAAACUAUAUUUUGGGCAGGGAUGGUGGAUAUGUGAUCCUGCUGGACUCCAACUCCCAUCUCCUCCAGCACCAGUUACACGGACUGGGGUUGGUGGGAGUUGGAGUCCAACCUCCCCGAUGUUGCCAGAUAUUUUGCAUGAGGCUUGGGAGUCUUGUGUUACUUUAGGAAAGAGCCGUCGCUUGUGUUGCAGAGCUUUCAGCCUGAUAUGCUGUCGUGUUUGUGAGUUUUGAGAAUUAGGUGGAUACCAUGGUCUAGGCCUCCACGCAGCAAAUGUAAUCCAGAACUCCCAUGUGGGCAGGUAGUACAACUCUCUUGUAGAGGAAACUAUGCGCUGGGCACCCACCCAAUGCACGCAGGUGUUGUUUUCUCAGUGGCUAACACCCACCAUCACCACUGAAGUCGGAGACAGAAUUAUUAAGACAGUGUAAAUAGUUUAUUUCAUUGUUGUUGUUGUUUUGAAAGUACAGAUAUUAUUUUGUACAGCAGUAUUUGUUUUAAAAUGGGUAUGGGCAGAAAAGAAUGGCAGUUUAUAUUCUGAGGAGCAGAGAAGGGACACUGGUACAUAGUUACACUAAACGCAUGACUUGAACAGUUGGGGGCUAUGAGGAGAGAAAGAUCCCUUCCAACCUGGAAAGCCCUAACACUGCAAGGUGCACAUUCCCUUUGGAUAGAUGCAGCUGUGGGCUAGUACUGGAGCCGUGCAGAAUACAGGGGCUUACAACCCCAUAGUCAUUUCAUACUGUUCCACAGGAUGGUAUAAAAUUGGAGCUGGAUUUUUAACUAAAGGUGUGGCAAGCACCUCCAGUGCUGCUUUAUAUCAGCUGGGCAACUGCUCCCACUGGAUUGGAGCAAUCCUGGAUUUUAAGGUGAACUUCAGAAACUACCGCACAAACAGCAACAAUAUUUUACAUUUUUUUUUACGCACCCAGCAGAAGUCUUGCUUUGAAACAGUGGUGAUGUACGGGUAGAAGCAGCAGCAUCAGACUCACUACAGAAAACCCUAAGAUAGUAACCAACCUCUAACAUGGUGGUGUUUGUGAAAAGCUAAUACUUUUCAAUGCUGAAAAAGAGUGUAGUGCUCAAAUAAAACUCCUCAGCUGUGCUACCUUCUUAGUUCACUGUUCCUUUCUUUUAAGUACUACUAACCUGUCUGGGUGCAUUGCUCCUCCUCAUAGCAAAUGUCUGAUGCAAAGUCACUCUGGUCAAGCUUAAUUCCGGUACCACUAAAAGCACCCUUCCAUCAUAACAUCAUCACCAUGGUUUGUGUGUGGGCAUGUGUGUCGAGUCAGUGCAAUAGGCCAGGUCCUAAGUGAGGUUGUAUUACCAGCUCCCACAGAGAUCAUGAAUGCGUGUGUGGGUUAAAUAGUUGUUGCAGAUUGAUGUAACAUUAAUUCUAAGGCAGGCAUGGCCAAACUUGGCCCUCCAGCUGUUUCUGGACUCAACUCCCUCCCAUCAUCCAUAGCAAACAGGACCAGUGGUCAGGGAUGAUGGGAAUUGUAGUCCCAAAACAGCUGGAGGGCCAAGUUUCGCCAUGCCUGUUCUAAGAGCACUGGCAAUAGAUCUGUGGACUCCAGCUCUGCAGCUUACAUUACACAUACAUAGCAGCAGCUUUAAUGUUGCAGCAGAGAAAUGUGUCUUACUCUCACUCUUGCCCUAGGGUCAGACUCUCUCAUUACUUUUUUUUUUUUAAUGGCACAUGUGUGUUUUAUGCAUACAAUUUUUCCACCACGUGGAAAAAAAUAUAAAACAUUGAAGAGCAACACAGCAAACCAUUUCAGGGGACAAUGCGUGUUGGCAAUUUCACAGGUGCUAACCAAGUGGGACCCACAAGCACUAACUUGGUCCAUCCAUGUUCCAAACAUAACCAGGCAGAGCCAGUUGCCACUUUCUUCAGGACAGAAAAUUUACAAUUAAGUGGAUGGCAGUGCUGAAACUCUUACGGUAAUUUAGCUCUGCUCCUAGAAAGAAUAACAAACUAGAAUCUGGGGAGCACACAUUCUAUCUUUCAAUCCUCUAGUUCUGCUUUGUCUCCAGCAGGAUGCUGUCUUUGUAGCUUGUACACUGGGACCUAGUCUGGGAAACCAAGUUCUGUUUAGUAUAAUUAACAAAGGGCCACAUGAUUUAUUCACAAAAGCACACUCAGCCUCUCCUGCUGCUGUAGAAGGGGAUGGGUGCAUUCAAGGUAGAGAAUAACUAGAAGUCAAGUGUCAGAGGUGGGAGAACAGAAGCAGCACUCCCAACCCCAGUCUAAACACAGCACCACAUUGUUUUCCCUUGAUGAUGAAGGGAAAGAGCUACUAUUAAAGUGCAAAUUGAACCUUGUCAAUAGUUAGUAAAGAUCACACACAUCUCCAGCCUAUUCGUCCCUGGAGAACAGACUGGACUAAGACAUAGCCACCUGCUCUAGGAUAUUGGUUUUUCUGCAAUGGUGGCACCACCGUUUGCUGGUACGUAGUAUAGGAAUCUGUAAGCGAUCAAACACAGAAGGCCAGAUUCCUGAUAACCUGCUGCUGUUAGAGUCACAGGUGUAGCUCAAGGGAAGAGAAAAGGUCUGUGCAAACUUAUUUUAGGGUAGAAAUAGGUAUGCACAUGUGCACCCCCCCAUCAUCCUUUAAAAUCCAUUCACAAUAUUUAGUGUUAUAAAAAUGUAAUACAAAAGUCAAAGCAAGAUUGUGAGGGUGGCAAAGAGAGAAGGGGGGAGACAGGUGGCUUAGCAUGGCCUUUCUAUGCCUCUUGGAGCAGAAAACACAACGCUGCCUGAGAGGGUUUUUGGGCAGCCAGACUGGUGAGCUUCAAAUCUUCUUCUAUCCUCUAUGCCAAGGCAGAAGCUUGCUUUGUAGUCCAUGUGUGGAUAUUGUGCAGAAGACCAGCACUUCCAACAUGCAAGUAUCCAUCACAGGAGCCCCCAAAACACACCAUUACCUUUUAAGCCAAUGAUUACCACAAGAAAUAGGAAAAUCCCUUUGAGAUCAAUACAGUACUUUUUUUGUUACCUUGAUUUAAAGGGAUUGUUUUUAAUGACCUUAAGUAGAUGUGCAUGAGAAGUAAAUCACUUCAAUAUAAGCAACAAGGUUAGGGUUUUUUUUAUCAGCUACAUGACCUAAUGUUAUUCAGCUCACUGGGGAUUAUCCUCAUCUAGCAAUUAGCCAAACUCAGUGGGGAGGAACAGGCUGCAUCAUCUUGAAGCAGUAGAGUCCCUUGUGCUCAGUCACAAAUCAUAGCAAAGUUAGAAUUGCCCUUGCCCUUAAUGCUUGCCAUUCUUCCAUGGUUCCAAGGAGUCAAGUUAGGCUUUCAUUAGGAAUAAACUACUGUUUUUAGAACUUUACCGCAUGUUAUUCAAAAUAAUUGUUUCAUCAUACGGUUUUAUGUUGCUCGCUCUAAGCAUCAAGAGGAUAUAAAUAAAUAUUCCUUGCUGGAGUGCUCGUCCCUUACUCUCCUGUUCUUGCAUGGAUCUAGUCUGAGAGAUCAGACAACUCUGGGAGAAACCACUUAUUUUGAGCAACACUGUGGUUUCUUUUACAGUAUGGAAGGGGAAACGCAUACAGUAUUUCCUCUUAAACUCUUGUGUGUUUUGCAGGUAAAGCAGCAGUCGGGAGUUAUCAACUAUGUAGCAACUUUCGCUAAAACAUAUUGCCCUGUUCUACAGCCAUAGUCUCGAAACCACUGCAACAGGGGUGACAGAAAAGUGAAUAAUUAAUGUAGUAUUACCAAUGUCACUCCAGGGACAGUCAUGCUAGAACAAACUUAAAAAGUAAGGCCUGCACAUUCAAGUGAAUUUCAUAUGCAAAACAAAUUCCAAACGCUGACAAAAACAGGCCAAAGAAGCAGCUUGGAUUCGAUUCUAACAAAAAUAUUCUCCCAUUUACUCCAAUGUAUAUCUGAAACACUAAAGCCAAUGGGGUUUUACUCCAGAUUUAGAAACAGCAGCGAUUAAUGAUCUUCCUAACAUGUAGCCUUGGAGGCAGCGAGCAUUCGGGUAGCACUACACAAACAAGUAUCAACAACAAUUGCUAGGAAUUAAGAUGCACAAACUGGCAAACAGUUUCACAAGCCAUCCAAAACUGCAAACAUGUGCCCACUGCUAGCAAAAAAAAAAAUAUGAAAUCAGACUGACACAAGGAGAUCAAAGCAACAGUUUGG